AUGUCCGGAGUAAGCAUCAAACAGAUACUAUGUAUAUUCAUUUAUGGUGUGUUUGUAGCCUCUUCUUUGGCAGAGAUAGGGUUUUCAAUUUGGUUACAUUUCAGCGACAGUGCUACUCUUUGCCAGAAAGUGUGGCAGAAACCUUUGCUGAUACUGGGAUUGUUUACGCUGGUUGUUUCAGCUUUGAUAUUAGUUGAUUUGUUCUGCCGAUCAGGCACGUUUAUCAGUAGGAUAUGUUCGAUUUCGUUGUACUUGAUCAUUUUGGGACAGUUCUGUUUGUCGUUGUUCGUAGUUUUGGUCACUAAUAGAAAUGCGAGUAGGAUUUUAUUUGGGAGAGAUGGAAAUUACUCGCAUUACUUGUUGAACAAGUAUGUAUUGAAUACCGAGAAUUGGGAGCCGAUUAAGAGAUGUUUAGUUGAUUGCAAAUUUUGUGAACCUCCAACUGAAACAGAUUCUUACUACAAAUACAUCUUCCCUGUUACUCAGUCCAGUUGUUGCAAGCCUCCCACUUAUUGUGGCUUGGAGUUUCACAAUGCUACCUACUGGACCAUGCCCAAAACAGGGCCGGCGGUAGCAGACAAUGACUGCAAGAUUUGGAGCAAUGUACAGAGAGAGCUCUGCUUCAAUUGUCAAUCAUGUACGACAGCAUUCGUUGACCACAUCCAGGAAGAUUGGAAGAUGUAUUCCCUCAUCUACUUUAUGCAUAGUGUCACUUUAACUGGACCAGUUUUGAAGGCACUUAUUGAUGGAUUAGAGUCCAUCCACUACAUCUCUCAAUAUAUUUCCAGCAAUUUGAUUACUAGAAGUUUCAGUGUGUUUGGUGAAUUCAACGACCUUGUUGCAUUUGACAUAAGCAACAAUGUUCCUUUACUGGCGUCUUUAAGGAUGAAAUUUGCAGCUUCUCCAACAAUUCAUAUAUAG